UCAGGUAAGAACAUUAGUAGGUGCUAGCACUACAAAAAGAAAACAAAAAAGAAGAGAUAGAAAGGAAUCUCUCUUGUUUUUUUUUCAACAGAGAGAAGAAAGAAAGAGAGAUAGAUCGGAAAAAAUGGCUUCUCGUGAGAACUUUGUAUAUAUCGCUAAGCUUGCUGAACAAGCUGAACGCUAUGAUGAGAUGGUCGAUGCAAUGAAGAAUGUUGCAAAUAUGGAUGUUGAAUUGACGGUGGAGGAAAGGAAUUUGUUUUCUGUUGGUUACAAGAAUGUGGUAGGAUCUAGGAGAGCAUCUUGGAGGAUCUUAUCUUCCAUCGAGCAGAAGGAAGAGUCUAGAGGAAAUGAACAGAAUGUGAAGCGGAUCCAAGAGUACCGGAAAAAAGUUGAGGCAGAGCUCACCGACAUUUGCAAUAAUAUCAUGACUGUGAUUGAUGAGCAUCUGAUUCCAUCAUGUACUGCAGGCGAAUCAACUGUGUUUUACUACAAAAUGAAAGGGGAUUAUUAUCGAUACCUUGCAGAGUUCAAAACAGGUGAUGACAAGAAAGAGGUUUCUGAUCUGUCUUUAAAGGCAUAUCAGAAAGCUACAACUACUGCAGAGGCUGAAUUACCAAUUACCCAUCCCAUUCGGUUGGGUUUGGCUUUAAAUUUCUCUGUUUUCUACUAUGAGAUAAUGAACUCCCCUGAAAGGGCAUGCCAACUGGCUAAGCAGGUUUUUGAUGAAGCAAUAUCAGAGCUGGAUUCCCUCAAUGAGGACAACUACAAAGAUGGCACCUUGAUUUUGCAGCUUCUAAGGGACAACCUCACUUUGUGGACUGCUGACAUUCCAGAGGAUGCCGAUGGCCAAAAGGGAGAUGCUGCAAACAAAACAGGUGGAAUUCAGGAUGCGGAGUGACGGGCCUUACGAGGAGAACCUACCAUGUGUGUUUGGUAAAGGGAGGACGAUGAAACAUCCUGCUGAUUGUUUGUUAAGUACUCUACUCAUAGAUAAUUGUAAGGCACCAAUAAAAGAAAAUGGAUACUUUUUUACUGGGUGCACCUUGCUGGAGAUUAUUUUCACAUUAAUUGGACAUUUGCAUAUCGUUUGAUUUGCAUUUCCAUCGUCA